GGGAGUAAUCAGUAAUAGCAGUAGAGUAGCAGAUAUCAUUGCCCAAAAUUCAGAGAUAAAAACAGUUUGAACAUAUGUGAGUACAUUUCCCUUUCCACUUCACCGGAAGAAAAGAAAUGGCGGAAUCAGAAGCAGAAUCGGGCAACUUGUUUGCCAAAAUCAUAGCAACUGCCGCCGGCGAAGCUCAUACUCUUGCUCUCACUGCAAAUGGGGAUGUGUAUGCUUGGGGUAGAGGAACAUUCGGCCGACUUGGUACCGGUUCAGAAGCUGACCAGUUAUUCCCGGUUCGAAUCGACUUUGAACCGGCUGAUUCUGAUGGAGACAAAAAGAGGGUCAAGAUUGUUGGUAUUGCUGCUGGUGCUUAUCACAGUCUCGCUGUUGCAGAUGAUGGAUCAGUAUGGGGCUGGGGAUACAAUGUCUAUGGACAACUUGGUUUCAAUGGAGAAAAUUCUUUGGUUCCUCAUUUAUUGGAGGGAUUCCUUGAGUUAGGUUCUCCUAAUUCAUCAGCUAGUGGCUCAGAGAGAAAGAAACUGAUGAUUUCUUCAGUUAAAGGUGGUGGAAUGAUGUCAGCGGCAAUAGACAAUCUUGGAUCUCUAUGGCUGUGGGGAAACUUUCCUGAACCACAGAAAAGCAAGUCUACUGAAAAUGAAUUCUCUCUUACUAGCAGUUGUAAUCCAAUACCUGUCUGGAAUUUCCAUGGACACACAGUUGUUAAGGUGGCAUGUGGAAAUGAGCAUGUUGUCGCAUUAGUCACUGCUGGGGAAGGUUACAAAGGGAGUAAUCUUGUUUGUUAUUCUUGGGGUGGCAACAGCCACGGGCAGUUAGGUUUGGGAGAUAGGGAGAGCAGACAGUAUCCUGAAGUUAUUGAGCCCUUUAAUUCAGUAUUCCCUUGGUCAGUGUAUGAGGUAUCAUGUGGCGCUUUCCACACAGCUUUACUAGCUCAGAGAAGUCCAAGUGACAUGUUAGAGAGUGUAUGCUGGACAUUUGGCCUGGGAGAUAAUGGGCAAUUAGGUCAAGGGACAACCCAAAGUCUUUUAUCUCCUGAACCAGUGAAAGAGUUACCGCGGAGUGCAUUUCUCAUUUCUGUUGACUGUGGUUUAUUUCACACCAGUGUUGUCUCAUCUGCUGGAGAUGUGUGGUCAUGGGGAAUGGAGAAAGGCCUUGGUCUAUGUCCUGAAGCAAGUUAUAGUGGAGGUGAUGCAGGUGAUGCAAUUUAUCCUCUGUUGAUUCCCUGUGUUGGGCGAUAUGGGCCGAAAUUUCCAGAACCUGUUCAAGUUGCCUGCGGUGCAGCCCAUACCAUUCUUCUGGCAGAUGCUGGCUAUAAGAUGUGGUCUUGGGGUAGAGGAUGGAGUGGUGUCCUUGGAAAUGGCAAGAUGAUCGAUUGCUACUCUCCAACUAUGGCACUGUGGCCACCUCUAGAUGCAGAUUUUAGAGGGCAGAGUUUAAAGGAUGGUGACGAUAUAAGUAGUAAAGAAAAGAAACCUGAAGAUGUGAUAGAAUUGGAGAAGAAACUGUCUAUGGCAGCGGAGGAUGUAAGGCUUCUUCAAUCUAAGCUGUCGCUAAUGGAAAGGUAUGCUAGCAUUCUUCAUGGUGCCAUCUUUGGAAAACCUUUUGAAGAGCAAGAUAUGCCAGCUUCUUUACGGAGUGGAGGUUCAUUUGACAUCGCGAAGGAGUGGGAAAACAUGUUGGAGGCCUCGGAUCGUGGAAAGCUUGCUCGAUUGGAGAUGUUUUAUCGUAGUAUGCUAGCCGGUAUCAAAGAUAAGCUGUUGAAAAAAAGGAUUCAGGAGAUCUUUUUGGAGUGUCAGAGUCCUCUGCCUUCAGAAUCUAGUCAAUGAAACAAGUAAUGCAGAAUGCUUGGGUUUCAAAUUUAAGUUUACCUCAUCUUGUAUCACGUAUUUAUUUGGUUGUGCAUAUCCAAAUUGUAAUACAAAAUGCUUUCAUAGAUAUUUUACUUAUCCAAAUAAUGAUAUGUAAAACAAAGAGUUGAAAAGUAGUUCUAAAUUAUAGAUGAACUUCUUGAUGAUUGUAAUAAGUUAACUUAAAGUGAUGUGGUUUUGUUGGUAUAAUUUCAAUGUCUUGGCUCUUUCA